GGCCCAGAGGUUGUCGUAACAAACAGACUUCAGGCAAAAUCCUAUUGGGCCGGAUCGAGUCAAAUAAGCAUCCUUUUAGGGUUUAGGGUUUAUACCAGGAUUCAUUACAGAAUCAGAGAGAGCGGGCGAGAGAGCGAUUGUUGAAGACGCGGACACUGAAGCUUUGCGAUUAAGCGCAAGACCUUUCGUAAGCUUCAAUCUCCCAGGACUUAAUAUGGAAUCCGACAAAGGUACAACCUCUAUGGAAAUUGAAAAGGUCCAAUCCGAUGCCAAUCGUGUAUCAUCAGCAUUGAAGCCCAAUUUUGAGCCAUUGAAGGCACAUGAGAUAUCUGAUGGCCAAGUGCAGUUUCGCAAGGUUUCUGUUCCGCCACAUCGGUACACACCUCUCAAGAAAGCUUGGAUGGAAAUCUACGGUCCUGUAUAUGACCAGAUGAAGGUCGAUAUCCGUAUGAAUCUUAAGGGGAGGAAAGUUGAACUAAAGACUCGAUCAGACACUCCGGAUAUCAGUAACCUUCAGAAGUCAGCUGACUUUGUCCAUGCCUUCAUGCUUGGCUUUGACGUGAUAGAUGCUGUUGCCCUUUUGCGGCUGGAUGAGCUUUAUGUUGAAUCUUUUGAAAUCAAGGAUGUCAAAACUCUACGAGGUGAACACCUCUCCCGUGCAAUUGGGAGGUUGUCUGGAAAAGGGGGUAAAACUAAGUUUGCAAUUGAAAACUCGACAAAGACUCGUAUUGUGAUUGCUGACACAAAAAUUCACAUUUUAGGAUCUUUUGCUAACAUAAAAAUUGCAAGAGACUCCCUCUGCAGUCUUAUCUUAGGCUCCCCUGCCGGGAAGGUUUAUUCAAAACUAAGAGCUGUUACCUCCAGAUUGGCGGAAAGGUUCUAAUUUUUGAGCUGUACCCUUGUUUGUUUAUCUAUUAAUAUACAGUCUUGUUAUAGUAGUAAGAACGUGGAGAAUUUUUUUUUCCUGUCCAAGUGUUAGUUCAUUUGAAAUCGAUCAAAAUACCUUCUCAGAGAAUAUAGCUUGGUCUGCUGUGUUUCUUUUGACAUUAUAUGUUAUGACGAUGGAAUUUUAAGGUAGUUACCUUUUGGCGACAA